AUGGUUCCCAACACAGUGACACAACCAAAGAAGGCCACCAAGCAGGGCAAGCCACCAAAACAACCAGCCAAGAAGGCCUGCACAAGUGCAGGUGUCCAAUUUCAGGAACCAUCUUCUGCCCAACCCUCGGCAGCCUCGGCUGUUCAAGUAGACACGUCCCACAUGGAAGGGGACAACACUACUGCCGCGUCUCAAGAUGAGAGCCAAACCUCAUCUCCUACUGUGUCUACUCCGCGAGGUGGAGGGUCUCCAUUCUUCUCUCCUCCUCCUGGGAAGGCGCCAGUGAUGGCGCCAGUAAAUCCUCUCGGUCCGCCCGCGGAGCGGGCCAUGAGAGGCCCAUGA